AUGUGCGCGGCGGCGUCGCCCAAGAGCGGCUCCCUGGUGGAGAGGUUCAAGGAGCUGAUCAUCGCGGGCAUGGACCCUCAGGAGCCGGAGCAGGGCGGGGAUCGCCGCGGCAAGGCCGACCACCAACAGCCAUCCGAACCCAUCGGUUUCACAUUCCAUGACAAUGCGGGCCGCCUGUGCAUCCCUGUCAUCCUCUUCAACGUGUCCGCAGGCCCCUCCAGCCUUGGUCGCAAGGUCCUGCGCAAGAUCAUCACAACGCGCCAUGAGCUGGCUCAUGAAUACAAUGCGUACCUCUCAGUGCUUGCCAUCUCGGAUGGACAUGGGUCAAUCGCGCCUCAAACAAAGAUGCCGAGGAACAUUGCAGUGCAACAGGGCCUGUCAGACACGGUCCUCAAUGAGGUGCUGGAGUGCACAGAGCAGGGAACCUCUAUGGCCGGCAACGGCUACAGCUCCAUUGAUGACGUCAUCGAGAUGGCUGGUCAGGCAGGGUGUUGUGUGCUAGAUGUGGGGGAUGCGAAGCCCCACAAACGAGCGAAGGCGUUCCUCUCAGGCUUGCUGAAUGCUGGAUCGAGGGGCUAUUUCGGUGUGGUGAUCGCCAAUCGGGAAGGCGAGGAGUUGGACAGGCUGAAGGGGGCUUUCACUGAGCUGUUGGUGCUGGAAGAGGAAUCGGAUGAGUGGGACGUGGUACGGCGCGUGGUGGAGUGGUAUCCCACCAUCGAGUCGGUGGCAAGAGCAGAGCCACAAAAGACAGAUGCCUUGAGGGAACCCGUGCCUUCCGAGGGGCAGGUGACGGAGGUCUCAGUGCACAGACCCACCAACACCUCCCCCGAUCUCAUGGCGGACCUGAUGGCGACGGUGGCAAAGGACCCGCCCGGCGUGCUGAGCCGGAUAAAGGGCGGCGACGUCCAGACGUGCCUGGCUGCCGCCAACCUCUUCACGUCGCUCAAUGGGAAUCCGAACGACCUGCUAGAGCAGUACUUUGAGCUUGGGCUGGCAGGAGCACUAAUGGAGCAGGCUUCCAUGGCUAG